UUGUACUUCAGAUGAAGGUUUACAGAACACACUAGUUUCUCAUUAAACAGUACACAUAUUGUUUUAUGACAUUGGUUAACAACCCCAUGACAUGUCAACACUCUCCCUUCUCUGUCUUGGUUUCCCUACUACCAGCUUUCAUGUCGCCUCCUGCCUUCUAGUCCUUGCCCCAGGGCUGGUGUGCCCCUUUAGUCUCGUUUUGUUUUAUGGGCCUGUCCAAUCUUUGGCUGAAGGAUGAACCUCAGGAGUGACUUCAUUACUGAACUCACAGGAUGUCUGGAGGCCAUGCUGUCAAGGUUUCUCCAGUCUCUGUCAAGCCAGCAAGCCUGGUCUUUCUUUUUGAGUUAGAAUUUUGUUCUACAUUUUUCUCCAGCUCUGUCUGGGACCCUCUAUUUUGAUCCCUGUCAGAGCAGUCAGUGGUGGUAGCCGGGCACCAUCUAGCUGUACUGAACUCAGUCUGGUGGAGACUGUGGCGAUGUGGUCCAUUAGUUCUUUGGACUAAUCUUUUCCUUAUAUCUUUAGUUUUCUUCAUUCUUCCUUGCUCCUGAAGGGGAGAGACCAGUGGAGUAUCCUAGAUGGCCACUCACAGGCUUCUAAGACCCCAGACACUACUCACCAAAGUAGAAUAUAGAACAUUUUCUUUAUAAACUGUGUUAUGCCAAUUGAGCUAGAUGUUCCCCGAGACCACGGCCCCCACAGCCCUCAGCCCAGCAAUUCGGUUCCUCAGGGAGUUUGGAUAUAACUAUAGAGUGUCCAUGACCUUGUCUUGUACAAGUUGCACUGUCUUCCCCAGUAUUGUGUGCUGUCUUACCCUUCACCAAAGUUACCACUUAUCUGUUGUCUAUUUAGUCUUUUUCCAUCCCCCACCCCUCUCCUCCCUUGUAACCAUCAAAGAUUGUUUCUUUUUGUGUGUAAACCUCUACAUGAGUUUUUACAGUAGUGGUCUCGUACAAUAGACUGAGUAAGUCUUAUCCUUAAGGCCUAUACAAUUCUCUUUAAAUCCUUCACAGCUGCUGGUGAGGUGGCCGUUAUCGUUCCCAUUUUGCAGACUGACAAUCCAGGCUACAUUAACCUGCCCAAGGUUGUACAUACUUCCUGUAACUUGGGCUCCAGCUCUGCUUGACCUGCUCACCUCCUGGGGCUGCCUCUGAAGACGGGAACUGAGGGAAGUACCACGGAACCUUUAAAGAAAGGGAUAUGAGUGUCACCUUCAAGGGAAACCCAUAACUCCAUAAGUCCUGUCACCAACACUUCGAACUCAACCCCCCACUCAGAUCACCUCUCUUCUACUAUUCUUCGUCUCCUCUCUCUGUUUCCCCAGUGACCAGUCUUGUCCUCCCCUUUUUGCCUAAAUCACUUGCCAGUCAUGGGAGUUUGAGCAGCGACAACGCUUCAGCUCUCUCAGGGGUUUUUUGAGGCUCAAAUGAGUGGGCUGAAGUAAAUGAGCCAGCUUUAACAGCCUCAAGUUGCUUCUUUCUCUUCCCUUGGCUAGUUGCCCAGUAGGUUCCUCGACCACCAGGUGGCACUAGGCACGCGUUCAUUGUGUUCUCUAAGGUCCCUCUAAGUUCUUCUGCUUGUUUCCUGCAGCAUUUUACUCAAGCGAAAUAGAUCCUUUAUUUUCUUUUUCCCAAAUUUGGCCCAAUUCAAGUUAGUUUGCCUCCCAGAAAGGCUGAUUCUUCCUCUUAGCCUGUUCCAAGGCUGCCUUCUGAUUUAUGCAACUACUGAGCAGGCCCUGGCAGUGGUGUCACUAGGGUUGGCAUCACCCAGUGUGGUAACUCAUGGUGUCACACACCCCCCCAUGGACUUUCUUCCAUACCAGACCAUAUAGAAUCCUUGUUGUUGUCAUUCUUAGGUGCCGUUGAGCUGGUUCCUACUCAUAACAACCCUAUGUACAACAGAACGAAACACUGCCCAGUCCUGGGCCAUCCUCACAAUCCUUGCUAUGCUUGAGCCUGUUGUUGCAGCCCCUGUGUCAAUCCAUCUCACCGAGGGUCUUCCUCUUUUUCGCUGACCCUCUGUUUUACCAAGCAUGAUAUCCUUCUCCAGGGAUUGAUCCCUCCUGAUAACAUGUCCAAACUAUGUGAGUCUUGCCAUCCUUACUUCUAAGGAGCAUUCUGGUUGUACUUCCAAGACGGAUUUGUUUGUUCUUUUGUCAGUCUUCACCAACACCACAAUUCAAAGGUGUCGGUUCUUCUUUGGUCAUCCUUAUUCAUCGUCCAGCUUUUGCAUGCACGUGAGGCAAUUGAAAACACCAUGGCUUGGGUCAGGGGCACCUUAUUCCUCAAGGUGACAUCUCUGCUUUUCAGCACUUUAAAGAGGUCUUUUGCAGCCAAUUUGCCCAGAACAACGCAUCUUUUGAUUUCUUGACUGCUGUUUCCAUGGGGGUUGAUUGUGUAUCCAAGUAAAAGAAAAUCCUUGACAACUUCAAUCUUUUCUCCGUUUAUGAUGCUGCUUAUUGGUCCAGUUGUAAGGAUUUUUGUUUUCUUUACAUUGAGGCAUAAUCCGUACUGAAGGCUGUGGUCUUUGAUCUUCGUCAGUGAGUGCUUCAAGUCCUCUUCACUUUCAGCGAGCAAGGUUGUGUCAUCUGCAUAGCCAGGCUGUUAGUGAGUCUUCCUCCAAUCUUGAUGCCCCGUUCUUCUUCAUAUACUCCAGCUUCUUGAAUUAUUUGAUCAGCAUACAGAUUGAAUAGGUAUGGUGAAUGGAUACAUCCCUGACGCACACCUUUCCUGACUUUAAGCCAUGCUGUAUCCCCUUGUUCUGUUCGAAUGACUGCCUCUUGAUCCAUGUACAGAUUCCUCAUGAGCACGAUUAAGUGUUCUGGAAUUCCUAUUCUUCGUAAUGUUAUCCAUAAUUUGUUAUAAUCCACACUGUCGAAUGCCUUAACAUAGUCAAUAAAACAUAGGUAAACAUCUUUCUGGUAUUCUCUGUUUUCAGCCAGAAUUCAUCUCGCAUCAGCAAUGAUAUCCCUGGUUCCAUGUCCUCUUCUAAAUCCAGCUUGAAUUUCUGUCAGUUCCCUGUCAAUGUACUGCUGCAACUGCUUUUGAAUGAUUUUCAGGAAAAUUUUGCUUGCUUGUGAUAUCAUGAUAUUGUUUGAUAAUUUCUGCGUUCGGUUGGAUUACCUUUCUUGGGAAUAGGCAUAAAUAUGGAUCUCUUCUGGUCAGUUUGCCAGGUAGGUGUCUUUGAAAUUUCUUGGCAUAGACAAGUGAGCACUUCUUAUGCUGCAUCUGUUUGUUGAAAUACCUCAGUUGAUAGUCUGUCAAUUUUCAGAGCCUUGUUUUUCCCCAGUGCCUUCAGUGCAGCUUGGACUUCUUCAGUAGCAUUGAUUCCUGAUCAUAUGUUACCUCCUGAAAUGGCUGAAUGGCAACCAAUUCUUUUUUGGUAUAGUGACUCUGUGUUCCUUCCAUCUUCUUUUGUUGCUGCCUGUAUCACUUAAUAUUUUCCCCAUAGAAUCCUUCAAUAUUGCAACUCGAGGCUUGAUUUUUUUCUUCAGUCCUUUCAGCUUGAGAAAUGCUGAGCGUGUUCUUCCCUUUCGGUUUUCUAUCUCCAGGUCUUUGCACAUGUCAUCAUAAUACUUUGUCUCCUCAAGCCGCCCUUUGAAAUCUUCUGUUCAGCCCUUUUACUUCAUCAUUUUUUCCUUUUGCUUUAGCUACGUUCAAGAGCAAGUUUCAGAGUCUCUUUUGACAUCCAUUUAGGUUUUUUUUUUUUCUUUCCUGUUUUUUUAAUGGCCUCUUGCUUUCUUCAUGUAUGAUGUCAUUGAUGUCAUUCCACAACUCAUCUAGUUCUUGGUCUUUAGUGUUCAAUGCUUCAAAUCAAUUCUUGAGUUGGUGUCUAAAUUCAAGCAGGAUAGACUCAAGGUUGUACUUUGGCUCUCAUGGACUUGUUCUAACUUUCUUCAGUUUCAACUUGAAAUUGCAAAGGAGUAAUUGAUGGUCUGAUUUGCAGUCAGCCCCUGGCCUUAUUCUGACUGAUGAUAUUGAGCUUUUCCAUCAUCUCUUUCCACAGAUGUAGUUGAUUUGAUUCCUGUGUAUUCCAUCUGAUGAGGUCUUUGUGUAUAGUUACAAUUUAUGUUGAUGGAAAAGGUAUUUGCAAUGAAGAAGUUGUUGGUCUUGCAAAAUUCUAUCAUGUGCUCUCCGGUAUCAUUUCUAUCACCAAGGCCAUAUUUUCCAUCAACAAAUCUUUCUUCUUUGUUUCCAACUUUCAAAUUCCAGUCACCAGUAAUUAUCAGUGCAUCCUGAUUACAUGUUCAAUCAAUUUCAGACUGCAGAAGUUGGUAAAAAUCUUCAAUUUCUUCAUUUUUGGCCCUAGUGGUUGUGUGUAAAUGUGAACAAUAGUCGUAUUAACUGGUCUUCCUUGUAGGUGUGUGGAUACCAUCCUGUCACUGACCGCAUUGUACUUCAGGAUAGAUCUUGAAAUGUUCUUUCAGAAGAAAAACGCAACACCAUUCCUCUUCAAGUUGCCAUUCCCGGCAUAGUUGACCAUAUGAUUGUCAGAUUCAAAAUGACCAGUACCAGUCCUUUUUAGUUCAUUAAUGCCUAGCAUAUCUAUCUUUAUGUGUUCCAUUUCAUUUCUGGCAAAUUCCAAUUUUCCUAGAUUCAUACUACAUGCAUUCCAGGUUCUUAUUAUUAAUGGAAGUUUGCGACUGUUUCUUCUCAUUUUAGGUCAUGCCACAUGAGCAAAUGAAAAUCCCAAAAGCUUGACUCCAUCCACAUCAUUAAGGUCGACUCUACUUUGAGGCAGCAGCUCUUCCCCAGUUGUAUUUUGAGUGUCUUCCAAUCUGAGGGGCUCAUCUUCUGGCACUGUAUCAGACAAUGUUCCACUGCUAUUCAUAAGGUUUUCACCGGUUAAUUCUUUCCAGAAGUAGACCGCUGGGUCCUUCUUCCUAGUCUGUCUUAGCUAACCUUGAAGCUCAACUGAAACCUGUCUGUCAUGGGUGACCCUGCUGGUAUUUGAAUACUAGCGGCAUAGCUUCCAGCACCACAGCAAUGCGCAAGCCCCCACAGUAAGACAAACUGACAGAUGCUUGGAGGACAGGAUCCUUAGUAAUGUUUAUUAUCAAUUUUAAUAUAGAAUAAUAUAUGAUAAAUAUACUUGUAAGUUGCUUAAAUGUAAUUUUUUCAGAUUACAUGAAUACCCCCCCAAAAAAAAACCAAACCCACUACCAUCCAGUGAGUUCCAACUCAUAGACCCUAUAGGACAGAGUAGAGCUGCCCCAUACAUUCUCCAAGGCUGUAAAUCUUUAUGGAAGCAGACUGCCAAGUCUUUCCUGGUGGAGCCACUGGUUUUCGAACCACCGACGUUUUGGUUAGCAGUCUGGCGCUUUAACCACUGCACCACCAGAGCUCCUAGUAUAUGAGUACCAACAACAAAAUUGUUUUGUAAAAACCUUCUGCUUUGAAUUACAACAUUAUUAAUAACUGAGAGGAAGCCUUUUUUAAAUUUUUUUCCUUCUUUUCUUUUAAUAUUACUUCAUUCUCAAAAAAGUUUUGUUGAUACAGGUUCACAAAUACUAAUUACCACAAUGUUGUAGCUAAAACACUGGAAAAUUUGACAAAAUCAGCAACUAUAGAAACAUUGGCAGCAAUGAAAACAACAGGGAGUGCUUGUAGCGCUUGCAGAGGAACCCUCUUGAUUCGAAGCGUCGUUGUAAUUGAGUAAUAAUGACAACUCUGACUGGAGCACAUUAGAAGGUUUGAAAAAUGCUAUUACAGUAUCACUGCUCCUCCCUUCCACGGCUCAAGCCUCCCAGUUAUUGACUAAAACCCUCCAGUGCUUCUGUCAUUCACCACACCAGCACUCCAUGCCCAGGGCGUACAGGGAAUACCAGUUGUGAUUCACUGAAAUGGGGCUGUGGGUUGCAGACACCCUAAGGAUUUGGCUGGAGCCUCACUGCCCUCAUCUGUAAAGUGGCUAUUCUCCCAGUGGCCCUGGAGGUUGGAGCCCCAUGCCUGACCUGCCAGUCAUGACCAGAAUAGUUGUCCUUCUGCUGAUGGCCUUACCUUCGUCUCUCUGCUUCAACUUGGACACGGACAAGCCAAAAGUCUUCCACAUGGACAGUGCUGGGUUUGGACACAGUGUGGUCCAGUAUGAUGACUCCUGGGUGGUGGUUGGAGCCCCCCAAGAGAUAAAGGUUGCCAACCAAACAGGUGGUCUCUACCAAUGUGCCUACAGCAUGGAGAAGUGUGAGCCCCUUCCCCUGCCGGUCCCCCCAGAGUUUGUGAACAUGUCCCUGGGCCUGUCCUUGGCAGCCACCACUAACCCCGCUCGGCUGUUGGCCUGUGGCCCCACUGUGUACCAUGUGUGCAAGGGAAACAUAUAUUUGACUGGGUUCUGCUUCCUGCUAACCUCCCCCUCCCAGCAUGUCCAGAGGCUCCCGGCAGCCCUGCAGGAGUGCCCAAGGCACGAACAGGACAUCUUGUUCCUGAUUGAUGGCUCAGGCAGCAUCACCCCAGAUGAUUUUGAGAGAAUGAUGAACUUCGUGAAGGCUGUGAUGAGCCAGUUCCAGAGACCCAGUACCCAGUUCUCCCUGAUGCAGUUUGCCAACAGUUUCAACAUACAUUUUACUUUCCACAACUUCGCACACAGCUCCGACCCACAAGCCUUGUUGAAUGGUGUGAAACAGCUGAAAGGGUUGACUUACACAGCCUCAGCCAUCCAAAUAGCCACAAAUGUUAUGUUCAGUCCCCAAAAAGGGGCCCGUGAGAAUGCCACCAAGAUCCUCAUAAUCAUUACUGAUGGGCAGAAGGAAGGUGACUACCUGGACUAUAAGCAUGUCAUCCCCAGGGCUGAGGCAGCAGGCAUUAUUCGCUACGCCAUUGGGGUAGGAUCGGCUUUUCAAAAGCCACAAUCCAAGAAAGAAUUAAAAGUCAUUGCAUCGAAGCCCUCCCAGGAAUAUAUAUUUCAAGUGGAGAACUUUGAUGCUUUGAGAGACAUUCAAAACCAACUGAAGGAGAAGAUCUUUGCCAUUGAGGGUACGCAGUCCACAAGUACUACUUCCUUUGAAUUUGAGAUGUCCCAGGAGGGCUUCAGUGCUGUGUUCACACCUGAUGGACCAGUUCUGGGAGCUGUAGGGAGCUUCAGCUGGUCUGGAGGUGCCUUCCUGUACCACCCAAAUAUGAGCCGCACCUUUAUCAACAUGUCUCAGGAGAAUGUGAGCAUGAGCGACUCUUAUCUGGGUUACUCCGCUGAGUUGGCCAUUUGGAAGGGGGUACAGAGCCUGGUCCUGGGUGCCCCCCGCCACCAGCACAUGGGAAAGGUUGUCAUCUUCAUCCAGAAGUUGAUGCGAUGGAUACUGAAGGCCGAAGUCACAGGGACCCAGAUCGGCUCCUACUUUGGGGCCUCCCUUUGCUCCGUGGAUGUGGACAGAGACGGCAGCACUGACCUGGUCCUCAUUGGGGCCCCUCAUUACUACCAGCAGACCCGGGGGGGCCAGGUGUCUGUCUGCCCCUUGCCCCAAGGGCAGCAGGCCAAGUGGCAGUGUCAGGCUGUUCUCCGUGGGGAGCAGGGCCAUCCUUGGGGCCGCUUUGGGGCAGCCCUGACAGUGCUAGGGGAUGUGAAUGGAGACAAGCUGACAGAUGUGGCCAUUGGAGCGCCGGGGGAGCAGGAGAACCGGGGUGCUGUCUAUGUAUUUCAUGGAGCAUCAGGAGUGGGCAUCAGCCCCUCCUAUAGCCAGAGGAUCACGGGUUCCCAGCUCUCUCUGGAACUGCAGUAUUUUGGGCAGUCGCUGAGUGGGGGUCAGGAUCUCACUCAGGAUGGGCUUGUGGACCUGGCCGUAGGGGCUCGAGGACAUGCGCUGCUGUUCAGGACCAAGCCUGUGCUCCAGGUGUCAGUGAACAUGCACUUCACACCUGCAGAAAUUGCAAGGUCUGUGUUUGAGUGUCGGCACCAGGUGACCUCUGCCCAGGCACUAGGUGAAGCCACAGUCUGCCUUCAUGUUAACUCAAGCUUCAAGAACCAGCUUGGUAACCUGCAGAGCUCUGUGACCUUUGACCUGGCCCUUGACCCUGGCCGCCUGAGUCCCCGUGCCAUCUUCAAAGAAACAAAGACUCGGAACCUGACCCAAGUCCAAGACAUUGGGCUGGGUCAGCAUUGUAAGGCUGUCAAGUUGCUCCUCCUGGCCUGUGUGGAGGACUCAGUGACCCCCAUCAUCUUGAGUCUCAACUUGUCCCUUGUGGGCAAGCCUAUUACUUCCUUUGGAGACCUCCAGCCAAUGCUGGCCAUGGAUGCUGAGAGAUACUUCACGGCCUCUCUCCCCUUUGAGAAGAACUGUGGGACUGACCAUGUCUGCCAGGAUGACCUUGGUAUCUCCUUUAGCUUCUUAGGCCUGAAGACCCUGGUGGUCGGGAGUAACCUGGAGCUGAACGUGAAAGUGACAGUGUGGAAUGAUGGCGAGGACUCCUAUGGAACUAAAAUUACCUUCUUCUACCCUGCAGGGCUGUCCUAUCGACGUGUGACUGGGGUCCAGACCCAGCUGCACCUCUCCUCCCUGCGCCUUACAUGUGACAGCGCCCCAGCUGAAAGUCAGGGUCCCCAGAGCACCAUCUGCAGCAUCAACCACUUCAUCUUCCGCGACGGCAUCCAGAUCACCUUUGUGGCCACCUUUGACAUCUCCUCCAAGGCCGUGCUGGGAGACCAGCUGCUUCUGGUGGCCAAUGUGAGCAGUGAGAAUAACAGCCCCAGGAGCAGCAAUACCACCUUCCAGCAGAAGCUCCCUGUGAAGUAUGCUGUCUACACUGUGAUCAGCAGCCAUGAACUAUCUACCACGUACGUCAACUUCUCAGCCUCAGAGGAGGAAGAAAGCAGUGCGGUCAAGCAUAGAUACCAGGUGAGCAACCUGGGGCAGAGGGACCUGCCUGUCAGAAUCAACUUCCGGGUGCCCAUGGAGCUGAACCAGAUGGCUGUGUGGACAGGGAUAGAGGUCCUUCAACCCCAGAAUCUGUCCAUUCAGUGCUCUUCAAAGAAAAUAAUGCCCACAGAAUCUGACUUCCUGACCCAUAUUCAGAAAAAUCCUGUGCUGGACUGCUCUAUUGCCGUCUGCCUGUGCUUCUAUUGUGAUAUCCCCUCCUUUGGCAUCCAAAAUCAACUUGGCUUCAUCCUGAAGGGCAACCUCAGCUUUGGCUGGAUCAGCCAGACACUGCAGAAGAAGGUGUUUGUUAGGAGUGUGGCUGAAAUCACAUUCGACAGAACAAUGUAUUCCCAGCUUCCAGGACAGGAGGCAUUUAUGACAGCCCAGAUUGAGACAGUACUGGAGAAAUAUGAUGUCUACAACCCAAUCUUUCUCAUCGUGGGCAGCUCUGUGGGAGGCCUGCUGCUACUGGCUCUCAUUGUGGCCACAUUGUACAAGAUUGGCUUCUUCAAACGCCAGUACAAGGAAAUGAUGGAGGAAGCAAAUGAAGGGACUUCCCCCCAAAAUGGGAUAUCAAACUCCCUAGUUGACCAAUAGCAACUCUUGCUCCUACUUCCUGUUCUCCUUUGGAUCUGCUGUCCUCUCAGAGAAUUUCUGGUCCUCUUACUCUCAGCUAAGCCAAACCCAAGGGGGAAGAAAUAUUCCCCAUGAAGGAGGUUGGGACCAGGCUGCAUUCUCUUUUUAGAAACCUUGCCUGGGAAGGGCCAUUCAUCUUGUCAAAGCUCCAACUAGAAACUCCCACCACAGAGUCCCUGCUGUGCCCUGCUAUGGGUUUUGGCUUGGAAUUUCUGCCUAGAAAUACAUGGACCAUAGCCCCAGAUCUCAGUCUCCCUCCUUGUACUAGUCACUAGUGAUAUUUAUAAAAUAAAGCACUGAACAAACCACUCGUCUUCACGCAUCUUCAAUGGCUCCCUGUUGCUUUCAGGAUAAUGUCCGAACUCUCCAGCCUGGUGUUAGAAGUCCAAUUUAUGCUCUGUGCCUCCGUUCCAUCCUUGUUUCCACUAAAAUACAGUCAGCAUUGGGUCUUAGCUUCAUCUUGGAAAUCUCAGCCCAGAUUUCCCAAACUGAAUUGGGAAUGAACUGUCUGCACACUGGAACUCAUAACCCUGCUUCCCCCACAUUGGUCUGCAUUGCUGGCUAGCCGGGAAGAGUGUGCCCUCACCAGGGGCAUUGCCCCAAUGCUACCAUAGCUCAGUCAGUUCCAGGGCCUCUCAGAGGUCAGAAGAGGCUCAGGCUACUUUCUUUCUCUCUUUUUUUUUUUCUGAGGCUCCAAGUAUAUGAAAACAAUGAAAGAAUGUCAGAAAAUGAUUACUAAAAAAUGUGCAUUUUAAAUGUUUGCAUUAACAAUCUUGUGUGUACAUUUUUGGGAAAUAAGUCAAAGGUUUAAAUUAAGGGUCUUUAUGGUUGUGAGUCCUGGACAAUGACCUUGGUCUCUGUCCCCUUACUAUAGUGGUGGACCCUGGCCAGCCCUGAAGCCUGGGGCCAGGACAAUACAGUUUAACCAGAGUGGUGGCAUAAACAUCCCUAUGUUGAGGGUAACCUGACUUCUUAAUCUGCUCACUCCAUUCUUAGGGCUGUGGGAAGCUGAUGGGGCUGGUGGUGCAGUGGAAACAAAAGGAUAGAGAAGGGCUAGCCCGGUGGCUCUUCUCCCAGAUGGAGUGAACCAAUACACAGGUGUUUCUUACAAACACUGGGAUGUGUUAAAGGAGACUUUGGUUAUAUAUGGAUAGCGAUUGGAGAGCUCUUUGUAAUCCCAUGUCAGGGACCUGUUGUACCCAUUGAGGUGACCACCGAUCCCAGCAUAAAGCUCAUCAAUGCCUGGGACUGAGCUGGGGCUCAACACAUGACCGGCUGUUCCCUGCCCUGGAAAGAUCUCACUUUUGCUGCCACCACCAAGGAACUCAGGAAAAUGAAAGAGGGAAGCAGUCAAUCAUGCGGUUUGAGGGAAAGGCAAAGCUGAAAAAUAUCUCUCCCAUCAGCUAUCUGCCCCUUGCAUUUUGAAGCUUUCAAGUCCCCAAAACCACCAAAACCAAACCCAGUGCCGUCGAGUCAAUUCAGGCUCAUAGCGACCCUAUAGACAGAGUAGAACCGCCCCAUAGAGUUUCCAGGGAGCACCUGGUGGAUUCAAACUGCUGACCCUUUGGUUAGCAGCCGUAGCACUUAACCACUACACCACCAGGAUUUCCGCUUUGAGUCCCCAGGAGGACCAAUUGCUAUACGGUACCCCUGGGUGAGGCCUCAGAGGAUGGAAGACUUUAAUAAGAAUCCAGCCCUAGAGUGGUGUUUUUUCCAAAAUGUGUUUCAUGAACUACUGGUGGUCUUGGGUUUUGGGGGGGCAAGAAAAGCAAGAAACAAAUUACAUCCAUAUAUCUCACAAGGAUCCCUGGUGGCGCAGUGGUUAAGAGCUCAGGUGCUAACUAAAGGGUCAGCAGUUCAAAUCCACCAGCUGCUCCUUGGAAACCCUAUAGGGCAUUUCAACUCUGCUGUAUAGGGUUGCUGAGUCUAGACCAAUUCGACAGUACCAACAACAAACAACAUAUCUCACACAUUUGAAACACGAGUUUCACAGAAGUCCUGCUACAUCCUUAAUAGUUGUGUCCUUAAAGGCUAUGCAUGGGCUACAAGGACUGCAGUGGGCUCUUGUCUAACAUUCAGGCAACGAGGUGUUAUUUUCAUGUAAUUUUCCUUUGUGCAUUAUUGUUUACUUUUAUUAAAUUUGAAUUUUUCAGGGUUGCUAUUGUAUUGCAUUAUAUCUACUAACCACAAAAAUGGAUCAAUGGCUCAAAAGAGAUUCACCGAAGCAUGAAAAUUGUGAUACAAAAGAAAAAUAACUUAAUUGCUACAACAUAGAAUAACAUCAUCAAAGUAAAUAUUGAAUGAGAUUCCAGUGCAUAUAUAGCAUAGGAAUAUAUGAAUGCCGGGAUGAGUGACUGUGAGCCAAAAAAUUAAAAUAUGUCUAGAAAAUAUUAUGCCAUCUGAAAAUUGGAUUUUAUUGGGUCAACUGUCUGUUCCUAGGCCAUUGUCCAUUAUGAAACUUUGUCAAAGCAAAUUCAGGGUGUCAGCUCCAGGCACCAAGACAGAUGGCAAAGCAAUAUGUUGCAUGACCAUCUGUCUUGGUUACCUAGAGCUACUAUAACAGAAAUACCACAAGCGAAUGGCUUUAACAAAGAGAAAUCAAUUUUCUCACAGUCUAGGAGGUGACAAGUCCAACUUCAGGGUGUUGGCUCCAGGAGAAGUCUCUCUUUCUUUUGGCUCUAGAGGAAGGUCCUUGUCCUCAAUCUUCCCCUGGUCCAGGAGCUUCUCAGGCGCAAGGACCCUGGGUUCAAAGGAUGCGCUCUGGUCCUGGUGCUGCUUUCUUGGUAGUAUGAGGUCCUCAACUCUCUGCUAGCCUCCUUUUCAUUUUAUCUUUUGAGAGAUAAAAGGUGGUACAGGCCACACUCCAGUGAAACUUGCUUUACAAUGGGUCAGGGGUGUGACCUGGCAAGGGUGUUACAAUCCAACCCUAAUCCUCUUUAACAUAACAGUACAAUCACAAAAUGGAGGACAAUCACAGAAUACUGGAAAUCAUGGCCUAACCAAGUUACCACACACAUUUUUGGUGGGGACAUAAUUCAAUCCAUGACAUUCAUCCAAAACUGAUUAAUUUUAUCACUAAGUACAGAGAAGACAGCAAAACUACAGUGGCAUAAAUCAAAGUUGUCCUUAUAGAAAAAGUAAGUACAAGUCACGUAAUUUCCAAGAAGCCUGUAGAACCAACAGUAAGUUUAAUGUCUAUAUCAGAAGGUUGCUUUUGGCUACAAGCAACAGGAGAUAACAAAACUGGCAUAAGGGCAUAUAAAGGACAUUCGCACAACAAGAGGUCCAGUUGAAGUUUGUUGGUUAAUUCAAUGGCUGAACAAUGACAUUCCGGUGAAGAUUCUUUCCAGCUUUCCAUUUGGCCAUCCUUGUGUGGCUUUUGUCCUUAGACCAUCUCCUCAUAGUUACAAGAUGGCUGCUCAGGGCAUUAAGUCCUCAGAUAACUGUGCCCAAAGGCAGGAAGAGCAGUUUCUCCUUAUGUCUCUCUUUACCAGGGAGGUAAAUCUUUUCCUCAGAGUCUCCCUUAGGUCUCACUGACCAGGAUUGAAUCAAAUUCCAUGCCCUGGAUACACGGAGUACUGAGAAAGUGAGUAUCUGCCUAAUAGUGGUAGUUCUGACAGCCAAGAAGGAAAUGGCAGGGCUGGUGGCUAUUGGGUAGGCCACCCACAGUAUGCAUGAAGAAAUAAGCUGUGAGAAAAAUUCCUUUUCCAAGGAACAACUUGGGCAUUGUGUAAUGUCAAAGGUAUACAGCAGAAUAGCAAUGACUAACUCUUGUGUGUGGGAGAGUGAACCUAUCACUUUUAUAUUUGGAUUAAGUCACUGAUGUGCAAAGUCUGAAUCAGCUCUAGGUUUUUGUGCCUAUAUGGGAGAGAAGUGCUCGAUGAAUUUUUGUUUAUUGCUGAAAACCUGAGUAACAGAAAACAAGAUUUGGUUGGUUGUUUGUAAUUAGGGCUCAUCCUGUGAACUGUGGAAAAGUAAUGAUGGGGCACCGGCCUAAGGGGGCUGAUCUACAUAUUGCUUUAUUUGCAGAGAACAGUAGGGCAGUUAACAACACACCUCCCCAUCUGGACUUAGCACAGAAGGAAAGAGAAAAUUGUGAACCUGAUUAAAUCAUGGCCACUGGGUUUUCAUCUUUUCAAUGCUGUGUGGAGAAAUAGGCAAGGAGGAGACUAGGUGGGAGCUUUAUACACUAAAGCCAUGUCAAGAAGAGAGGUAAUUACUUGAGAUUUUUAAAACACAGCUUUACUGAGUUAUAAAUGACACACAAUAAACUGCACAUAUUUAGAAUGUACAAUCUGUUAAGUUUUGAUGUAUGUAUACACUGGGAAACCAUCACCACUAUCAGAUGGUGAACAUACUUACCACCAUUGAAAGUUUCCUUGUUGUUGUGUCUUUUUAAUCCCUUCCUCCCCCAUCCCCAGUAACCAAUGAUCUUCUUUCUGUCACCAUAGAUUUUUUUAAAUAAUUUUUUUAUUGUUGUUGAGAAUAUAUGCAAAAAAUCAUACACCAAUUCAAGUUUCUACAUCUACAAUUUAGUGAGAUUGAUUACAUUCUUCAAGUUGUGCAACCAUUCUCACCCUUUUCUGUAUUGUUCCUCCCUGAUAAACAUAAACUCACUGCCCUCUAAGGUUCCCAUCUAAUCCUUGGAGUUGCUGUUGUCAAUUUGAUCCCAUAUAGAUACAUCUUAAAAGAGCAUAAUGCUCAAGGCAGAUAUUUGUCUUAGGCUGGGUUCUCUAGGGAAGCAAAACCAGUAAAGCAUUUAAGUAUAUAUAGAGAGAGAUUUAUAUCAAGGAAAUGGCUCACAUGGUUGUAGAGGCUGGAACGCGUCAAGCCUGUGGGUCAGAACGGAGGCUUCUCCUGAUUCAUAUAGCCAUAGGGGCUGGUGAACUCAAGAUCAGCAGGUUGGAUAGCAGGGCUCUUGCUCACAGGCUGUGAAGAUCGACCAACCCCAAGAUUGGCAAGCAAGACCACAAUGCUUCUCCUGAUUCACAUAGCUGCGGGGGCUGGUGAACCCACGAUCAGCAGGUAAGCUGUUAGCACAAGUCCCAAGAACUGGAGGUCAGUUGAACAGGAGCCAGCUUCAGGAUCCAGAGCAGGCAAAAGCCAGAACAUCUGCUUAUAUUUGGAUGCAGGCCACACAUCCAAGGAAACUCCCUUUCAAUUGAUUGGCUACUCACAGCAGAUCCCAUCAUGGGGAUGAUCACAUAUCAUAUCUCAACAGGUAUGUGAUAACAACAUUAUAUGACUGCCAAAACACUCAGAAUCAUGGCCCAGCCAAGUUGACACAAUCUUAACCAUCUCAGGCCACCUCUUGUCAACUUGGAACCUGUACACAUCUCCUUAAACCAUACAUAAUCUCUGAAUAAAGACAAUUAUAAAGUCAUACUUGCACCUAAUAUAGUACAACAAACACACAACCAAAAAUGCACUAGCCCUGUUUACAUCUUAUGUUUUAUAAGUGAAUAAAACAAAAAUAUUCGAUGUACACAUACAAAGCAGAAAUACAACAAUUACAGUCCUUGUUUCUGCAACUGGUCACAUAGCUAUAACUGGUGAGCUAACUUCUUCCACCACCCAUUCCGUAUUCCCUUUGCCCUCAGCAAGCACCUCAGCUGGUUGUGAUUCUUUGCCUGCUGGAGUGACCCAAACCUUCAUUUCUGAAGGGUCUGGGCCAUUAAUAGUCAUGGUAGAAUUGGGUUGCUCUCGUUUUCCACUGAUUUUAAUCACAGGUCAUGGUAGUACUAAAAGACGCCCAAAGGGAUCUUCUGCACUCCCGACAUACUCUUCUUUACUUCCAUUAUGUAAUAUCAAUCUGAUUUCCUCUUGGUAAUCAGGAUAAAUCACACCGACCAGUAUGGUAACUCCCUUCUUUGCCUGUUGGUCCAGAGGCAUGAGGAGCCCAAAGUGGUCAGGUGCCAUUCUUAGCUUCCAGUUCAAUGGAAUCAGUGAUAUGUCUCCAGAUGGGACUAUUCCUCCCUUUGGAACUAAGACCUCUAGACCUGCAGGGCAUAAGAUCGCAGGGACAGGAACCAGAAAU